GAGAAGGCACAAAGCCAACAGUACCUCACCCUAUCGGAAGAGAAAGCCCUCGUAAAGUAUCUAUUACAAAUGUCGAGGAAUGGAUUUCCUAUUCCGGUUAAGUAUCUAGGCUCGCUAGCAUAUAUCAUUGCGUGUCGGCGCUCCUCUGCCGUUCAACCUUCCGGGACGAACGUAUCGAUCGACGCUCCUGGCAAGAAUUGGCCCCAGGCCUUCAAAAGACGCCAUCCCACGGUACAAGUAAUGCUUAACGGUUUAUGGUUGCCCUUGAUUUUGUCGUUCGAAUAA